UAAAAAUCGAACUCAAAAUGAAUUAUGUUGUAUAAUACGUUUAAAAAAUAUUGUUAUCGCAUUGGCAAAGAAUAUUUUUGAUUGAAAAAAUGUGCACAUGCAUUUAUAUAAAAUGCUAAAAUAAUAAUCAACAAAAUAUAACGCUAAAGCUUUAUAACGCACUGCAGUGAUCAUUUGUAGAAAUGCCAUCACUCAGAAAAAGAGUUACUACUUAUUUAAGACAGUUAAGUUUUUCUGCAGAAUCAAGAGAUAGAAUUGGUGUCAAUAGAUUGUCGUUGAACAAGGCAGGCUGCUCUAUAACAAGAUAUAUUGAAGGAGAUGCAGAUGUUAUUUCGCGAGGACCGACAAUCCACUAUGGCAAAACACCACAGGCUCUUCCUGAUUUGCCAAUUGCAGAAUAUUUGAUGGGGCCAGAAACCAUCACAGCAGCAUGUACUGGACCAGGGGAUGGAUUAGCUUGUGUACAGAGAUCAUGCUCACAUUUAAGUGCUGGCCCAGAUAUUGAUUUUAUUGAUAUACAACAGACUGGUGAUGAUACAACUGUAAACAAUCAAAACUUAUGUAAAACUAAAGAUAAUCAUUCCAUCAAACAAAAUGUACCUAAUAAACUUAUGAAAAAAGAGAAGUCUUUACAUGAUUUGGUGAAAUCAGAAUCUGAAACAAGUUCACAGAUUAAUUCCAAUAUAAUUAAUGAUAUUAAUAAAAAUAGUGACAAUUCUAUAGAACCAGCAAAAAAUAAGUUUGAUGGUAGUGAAAAGAGAAGAAGAUCUAUAACUACAAUUGACAAUACAACAAAAGAAAUUUUGAAUACAUCCUCUGCACAUGUUUUAACAUCUGAAAAAAAACUUGACAACAUUGUCAUAAGCACCUCAGAUACUGAUAGUCAAAGUUCUGUGGAUGUUUCUCUUAGUAAAGCAUGUGAUGUGAAUAAGGAAUUAUCUAAGGUAGAAAAAGAAAAAUUACGUUUGCGAAAUUUACCCAAGUAUGAAUGCCGGCGCACAAAAACUCUCAGUGAAAUGGUUUUGUCUAGACCUAGAAGAGAUUAUAGGAAACCAGAAAAUGUCCAAAACAUUGUUCUAGUAACAAAGACUUUACAAGUAAAUGCUAAAACUGACAAUGACGAUAAGCAAAAUGCACAAACUAGUAAUGAUAAUAAUAUUGAUAAUGAUCAGAAAAGUAAUCCUGUGAAACAAAGUGAAGAAUCUCAAAAGGAUAUUAAAAAUGAAAAGGCUGAUACUACAAAUGUGAAUAGUUUAGAUAUUAGUAAUUCAAAUAUAGAGAAAACUCAAAAUGAUUCAAAAACUGAAUCAUUUUGUGCAGAAAGUUCAAAUGAAGCUAUACCUGGCGUAUCUUCAUGGGAUUCUGCAACAGAACAUGCAUUUGGAGUUAGUACAUCAUUAUAUGAGCAUAAUCCAAUACUGGGUGAUCGUGCCGGACAACCUAUUGCAGAUUGUUUUGGAUUGAUUGCAAGAGGAGAUGCAGCCAUCCUUGCACUUGCAGAUGGUGUUAAUUGGGGAAAUGGAGCUAAAUUAGCUGCUUGUUCAGCAAUAAAUGGAUGCUUGAGUUAUCUAAAUAAAGCUAUAUUUGGAUUAAGACAGGGUGAUUCUACACUAACAACACGUGAAGUGUUUGUCAGUUUAUUAAGAAGUUUUUGGGAAGCACAUGCUUGUAUAAUUGAAUCGGGUGGAGCUUUGUGCACACUCACAGCUGCCAUCAUACUACCACUUAGUGGAAAAGAUAAUGGACGAUCUGUAGUUUGCGUGUGUAAUGUUGGUGACUCAUUAGCUUAUGUAUAUUCACAUGUAUAUGGUGUAAGAGAAAUAACACAAGGUUCUCAUGAUAUUAAUUCCAUGCGAGAUAUGAGAGAUGCUUUAGGUGCUUUGGGGCCUGUGAAUGGAACCAAUCCAGAAUUGAAUAAUUUAACAUUAUCAAUGACUAUUGUUGAACCUGGUGAUUUGGUAUUUCUAACAUCGGAUGGAAUAAGUGAUAAUUUUGAUCCUGUAGUUGGCCGUUUUGCUGAGGCAAUGCCUGUCAUGCCUCAGCAAAGUGAGUAUCCAAAUGCCCAAACCUCAACUUCAGCAACCACCAAAUCUAGACAAACCGUGGGAAACAAAAAGCAAAUUGUUAAUCCAGUUUCUGUUAAGUCAAGAGAAAAAAGAGCAGAAUCCAAUUUAGCACAAAGUAAUAGAACAAAUCGCAUACCACAAGAUAAUAUUGGUAAAAACGUUUCAAAUAGGCUGCCAGAAUUGAGUUCUAAAAGAACUUACAACCGCUCAAAAGAUUCCGAAAAGAAAGUGGUAUCGAUAGAUCCUUCUUGCCGUCCCAAAUUCACAAGAUCUCAAACAACUUUAGAACCUAGAAAUAAAUUUUCUAAUACAAAAACUUCUGAAUCUCGACCAACAUACAACCGUUCAAUGUCUGGACCUGAAAAUAAUGAGGUGCCAAAAAAACAAUUAACUCCUUUACCCCGUUCGAAAAGUGGACUUCCAAUAGUAAAUGGCUUACAGAGGCAUGAUCUCACAUUACUCAGGAUUGCAGAUUUACUAAAUUUUGGUAUAAACGGCAUGCUGAAACCUUGCACAACUUCUAAAGCAUUAUGCAAAUUGCUAAUUGAUUUUGUAAGAAUGAUAACUACAGGUAAACGUAAAAUGCUGGAAGAGAAAGAAUUGUAUUAUUGUGAAAAAAAUGGUGCAUUGGUGCAAUUAACUAGGUCUCAACAAAAAUCUAAAAGGAAAGAGUGGAUAGAAAAGGAUAUUUUCAAAGCUUUACCAGGUAAGUUAGAUCAUGCAACUGUUGUUUCUUUCACCAUUGGAGCUUGCAGAAGUUCCAAACCUGUGUACUGUGAAACAGAUUUUUGAAGUAAAAGGAAUCAU